GAGUCUUGCGCACGGACACGCAAACGCGGUGACGCAUGGAGUUCUAAACACCGGGAGUGAAUAAACACAGCUGACCGUGACUGGAAAAGUGAGGAAAAUACUGCUGAGGAAAAAAAAAAUAAAUAAAUAAAUAAAGAAAGAAAGACUGUGUUUGUUGAUUUAUUUAGUCAUACUGAAUGACUAAAAGUUAACACGGGAGAUGUGACAGAACUGCAAAACAAAGAAACGGGCGAACAGAGGAGCGGACAUGGACGAGUCCGUCCGUCCAGCAGAGGUGGAGUGGAGUUUGAAUUACAGGCCGCCCCCCGAUCCGUCACCCAGCCCCCCCUACACACACUCUACAUCCAGCAGAGGAAACGGAAAAGACGAAACAUACAAGAAGGUUUGUCAUUUCAAAACCCCGGAGCUGUGGAAAGAACAGAGAGUUCCCUUUUUAUCCUCCAAACUUUGCCCGCAUUUGGCGUCUUUUAUCGGAGCGCGCGGCCGGCCUUCCAGCCCCUUUAUCCCCUCUUUUUGUCCAUCUUUUCCACCAGCUGUUUGCAGCUGGCAAAAAGGCACCCGCCCUGUUCGGGGGGAAAAAGGGACCGAGAGUGAUCGGAGGAGGAGAGACAGAAGAGAGAGAGAGAAAGAGAUGCCACCCCAACCUUCGGAGCCGCAGGUGAGGAAGAACAUCCUGAAGUUCCUCAAGAGUUUCCCGGGACUCGUCCGGAUCCUGCAGAUCGUGUUCGGCGCCGGGCUGUGGAUCACCAUCGCCACCAACAAAUACGAGGGCCCCAUCCACUUCGUGCUGUUCGUCGCUGUCCUCUUCUGGCUCCUCACCCUCGCCCUGUUCUUCCUCACCCUGCUGGAGAAGCAGGACCUGGUCCCGGUGCUGGGAGGGGACCGCUGGUUGGCCACCAACCUGGCGCACGACGUGGCCGCCGCCGCGCUCUACCUUCCGGCGAUCGGAGUCAUGAUCUACAAGACGGAGCGCAACUCGUACUGCAACCUGGACCUGUACAAGCACUUCUGCCUGUACAAGGUCUACCUGGCGGCCGCGGUGUUCUCCUGCCUGUGCUGCCUGGCCUACCUGCUCUCCGUUAUUUAUGGGGCCUGCAGGAAGUGUCGAGGGGAACAGACGCUCAUCUGAUGGGACUGAUAACAUGGGGGUCAAAGGGGAGGGGGGUGUUGGAUCCACAGCAAGAUGAGGAAUAGUUAACUUCACUGUAAUUUUGUUCACACAGCGAUGCAGAUUUUUUUUUUUUUUGCUCUACUGUCUCUCUUCUUCCACGUUUAGUGUGUCGUGCUUGCAGUCCUGCAAAGCAGCUCCUGCAAAAAACCCAAGCUGGAGCUAUUUUGAUAAGGUGCAGCAGUGACAUGCGUUUUGUCUCUCAACUGAAUCCAUUGUUGAUGUUGGGUUUCAUCAUGAAAAUGCAGUUCCAUGUAGUUUUCACAGUAAAGUUUUCAAUUCCAAAUUGAUUUGACUUCCAGUUGAUUGAGCUUCACGUUCACCUCAGGCCUCCCCAAAACAGAAACUUGAUUUAAUCUCGUCAGUGAAAUAUUUUGAGUUUCUUUGCAGCCACAGUAAAAACAUCAGCUUUUUGCAAAAGAUAUGUGCGGGAUCAUUAUAGAUGACAAUGACACUUUGUAUAUAUCUGAACAAAACAUUGAAAAUGUCUUAUUUUGUUCUGAAUGAGACUUUUUUUGUUCCAGAGAUAGAGUAAGUGAAGUGAUCUGAUGUUGACAACUUUCACACUCAUCAUACGACCGUUAUUGUUUCUAUUUAACAGCAGAAUUUCUUGCCCAAAGCUCUAAAAGGCACUUUCAGAGCGCCCAGCAUCUCAGGUCACUGUUGUCAUCUGUCUGCUGGUUUUUAACGGGUUCAUACCAUUUUGUGUUGGUACUGUCCAUCUCAGACCUCUCAGAUGUUUUCACAGGGGAUUGUUUUUUUUUAUUAAUUGCCUUUUUAAAAUUUAUAUUUUCUAUGUUUUUAUAGGUUUUUGUACAUCUGCAAACUAUAGAGAACAAACUCGAUGGACACAAGCACUGGCUGGUGUCCUUUUUUUAAAAUGCCACCUCUGUUUUUGUUUUGUCAAACUCAGACAGUGCGUUCGGUUCUCUGUCCAUCGGUGCCUUCUGUCAGAACGCUGUACACUCAAAAACAGCAGUCCGUGUGAUUGGUGCUACCAAGUGUAUGCUGAAUUUAAAAAAAAAAUAAAAGGCAUAUAUGUAAUACAAAGAGAAAAAAAAAGAUGAAUAAUAAAGAUAACA